GGGAGACAAGCCCUUCCUUGUAACCGACCAGCACCGGGGGGCAGGUCCCCAGUUUCCGCCCGCCGUCACUCAACCACCUCACAGAUCAGCGUCGUCCGAAAUCUUGCUGGCUGCAAGUCAAACUUGACGACAGCUCAUUCUCGACUCUUGACUAUCGCCGCCAAAAGGACACACGCGCCCGACUUCCGUGCUUCGUACCAUGAGAGUGCGGUCGCGCCAACGAUAGACGGCCAUGGCAGCUGUCGCUACCCCUCGCGCUCCGACGCCGCGACCGAAAGCCCCCGCGACUGUCAGCUUCUUGAACGACCCGGCCGCGGCCGUUUCUACACCUUUGGCUACUCCCGGCGCCGAACGAACCCGCCCUCCGCUACAGACCAAUCCUUCCGCUCGCCGAUCCGCUCGACCUACCUCUACAGACUACCUUUCCGACAAAGCGACCGCCGCCUUCAUCCGCCGUAUCCUGUACUCCAAGCACCUGGCCGAAAGGGGGAGAGCAACCCCGUCCCCGAUCGAGGAACUGCUACCGCCCCUGACCAGCCGAAACGAUGUCGAUCUCCAGCUUUACGCACUCAUAUCUGUGAUAUUGAGGGAAUACGUACAGGUGUGGUAUAGCAAGAUCACUCCCGAUGACACCUUUGUGGACGAAAUCGUCCAAAUAAUCGCCCAUUGCACGAGGGCUCUAGAACAGAGACUGCGAAAGGUCGACCUUGAAAGCCUCUUAUUUGACGAGCUGCCUGACUUACUGGACAGACAUAUCCUUGCCUACCGCGCGGCGCAUGAUCCUGUGUCUCGAUCUCCAACCGAAAUAGACCCACGAGAAGUCUAUCACUCGCUAUUCUCCUUGGCUCCUUUGACGCCCAUACCUCGCCCCGAAGACCCCUUAUCUAUUGCAGGCCAGCAAGAGAAUGAGUCGCUUUAUCGUCAGCUGUUGGUACAGGGUGUUCUGGCUGUUCUCCUACCAACCGAGGACCUCGAAAACGGCUGCCUGACCUCCCUGGUUGGCCAAAUCUUCUCCGAGCUCAUCAUUGGCAACGUCCUCGCCAAUCGAAUUUCGCAGCCAUGGCUCAUUUACGAAAUCCUCAUUAUUCUCACUAGAGUUCUCGACAGGAAAGCAUCAGAGCCUAUCGAAGAGGGAGUGGCGGAGGCGUUGCAAGGCGGAUCAACAUCCGCGCUCCCCAGGCCUGCUCGUCGCAGUUGGUCCGUCCAGGGCGCAUUCUGGUCGCUCGUGCAAUGGUCAUUCCUCGCUUUCACAACUAUCCGCUUCCUCGUCAUCACUCUCGCAAUGUCUUCAUCCCUGCCACCAAGGUCUGACGGCGAGCUGAAUGAAAAGGACCAAGUGACUGGUCAAAUAUCGCAUUCAAAGACGCUGAAUCACACAGCUAGCUCGAAUGAAGUGCAGCCUGUCAAAACGCCGAUUGCUGCCUUUAAGCUGUGGAGUUGCGUAGCAGAUUUGAUCGAAAUGGACUCCCGCAUGCCUUGGUUGAGUGGAAUAAUGUCACUUUUCCAGCUCGGCGCAAUGAGCGGCCCAGGACGUGUUGCUGGUCUCAAUGGAGCCAUGGACAGGCUCAUUUCGCACACCAUUCACCAACGCCUCCUCGACGCCGCAUACCUGCCAACCGUCCUCCGCUCCAUCCGCGCCGCUCUCUUUCCCAACAACGCCCCCGGCGUCUCGACCUUGGUGGCCCCAUCAUCCGACGAGGACCUGCGUGCCUUGCGCCGCAGGUGCGCUAGCGCCAUGCUGGCCCAAAUCCCGCCCUGGUUGGCUGGUCUGUAUCUAGGCGGGCGAGGGCUUGGCUUCCGGUGGCGGUCCGGACCGGAGUCGAAGCCUGGUGCUGACGCUACUGCGUCUAUGAGCGAGAGCGAGGCCGGUGUUCCGAGCAAGGAUGGAGCUCAUAACGGUGACGAAACUAAUGAUGUAGGUAAUGGCAGCAAAGAGGACGAAGACGAGGAUCAGCAGCGAAUGCUGUCCGAGAUCGAAGAGGGCAUACUGGACAUCUUUUCCGACGAGUACUGCAACAAGCACCUCGUGUACAGCAUACUGGAGCUGAUCUUGGUGAGGUUGAUGCCGGAGCUGGCGGAGAAGGGCGUCGUCGAGCUUUGGGAAGAGCGUCUUAGCCUGUGACGGAUUUAUCAUGAACGAGUCCUAUGCCUUUCUGUGUGUUUAAGAUACCCUUGUUAGCCCGAGAAACGUAUUUUUUCAUUUCAUAUGAUGGGAAUAAGAGGCCUGGUACAUAUUUCCAAGCGAUGUUUCCCAUGAGAAUUCGCAUAUUGUGCACAAGAUGAAAUAGUCACGCGCGCAUUCUUG